AUGCAAGAUCACUAUGAGAAAAUGUACAGAACAUAUGAAAAAAUGGAAAAAUCAAACAUUGACUAACGUAUUCUUUAAGCAGGUUAGGGGCCUUAGCCUAUAAGAAUAACUACAGACUAUACCAUGCUAAAUUAAUUUGAUAAGGGAAUAACAGAAUAAUAAAAAAACUACUUGAUAAAUCUUAUGGAAACAUCCAUACUUUAUUUCUAAAGACUUUUGAAAGUAUACCCUUUAAUUGAAAAUAACAUUUUUCCUUAAAUAUUUAAAGGAACAUGUAUGGAUCAUAUAGUUCCUAAUAAUGAUUAAACAAAUGGAAUUCCUAAUUCCGAUUUACACAUAUACGUCAUCUAUAGCAAAUAAUUUACUUAAACAGUUGCAAAUGCUGGAUUUUGUGCUUAUUCUAAUAUAGGAUAUACUAGACCUACUUUUGGAAGAAUUAAUUUUAACUUAUUAAAUAUUAAUAAAUCUAUUGAUAAUAAAAAUACUUUCUAGGAAGAUUUGUAAACAACUAUUCAUGAAAUUUUACAUGUACUUGGUUUUUCAGGAGGCGGUAUGUACUUUUGGAUAGAUCCUAAUACUGGAUAAUAUUAUGGAAAUGAAUUUAAAACUAAAUUGUUUAUAACAAAAACUUAUAGAGGAAAAAAAACAACUCUUUUAACUUCCAAAAACAUAGUAGAAGUUACUAGAAAAUAUUAUAAUUGUCGUUCAGCUGAAGGAAUGUAAUUUGAAAACAAUGAAAAAGAUAGUUCAAUGGGUUCUCAUUGGGAAAGAACUGUUAUUUAUAAUGAAAUUAUGACAGGAACUAAAGUAUUUACUAAUAGUGUUUUAUCGAUAUUUACAAUCGCUCUUCUGAAAGACACAGGCUUUUACCCUGAAGUAAAUGAGAAUAUGGCCGAUAAUAUAUUUUGGGGAAAAGGAAAAGGCUGCGAUUUCUUAGAAAACGCUUGCUAAAGUACAUUCGAAUACCCUGAAUAUCCUAAAAAGAAUGAUAAAGAAUAAUGUACAUUUGAAUAUGAUGGAAUUGGUGUUGGUGCAUCUGAAGUAUUCGCAGACAAUUGUACUUUAAUAUACUUCUAUCCUAAUAGAUUGUGUACAAAUCCUAAUAGUUUAACUAGUGAUGAUGAUAAAAAAAAUGAAUAGGAUAAAUUAUCUAAUUAUUCAACUCAAAGUAAAUGUUUCUUAUCUACAGCUAUAAAGUCCUCAUCUGCAUAGUUUCUAGAUUAAUUCAGAUGCCAUUAAUUUAAAUGUUUCCCCGAUGCUUCUUAAAUAACCGUUAUUUUCCCCGAGGUUGAUUUAUAAGUUAUAUGUGGAGAAGGAGAAUAAAAUACAAAAAAGGAAGUUGAUCCAUCUGGUCAAAAAGCCUAAGGUUAAAUUACAUGCCCUGAAGAUUAUUAAAGAUUUUGUAAUUAUACCCCUAUAUGUCCAAAUAUUUGUUCCGAAAAAGGAAUUUGUGUAAAUGGUCAAUGUAUCUGCUAAAACGGAUUUGGAGGAGUUGAUUGUUCCAUACAAUGUUCCGGAGUAGUCGAUAAUAAUACCUGUGUAGAAGGCCAAUGUCCUUAAGCCAAAUUCUUAAACCCAGAUAAUACUUGCAAAUCAGAUUGUCCUUUAGGUUUAUUCGGAAAGGAUGGAAGAUGUGUGCCAUGUAACAUCAAUUGUUCUAGAUGUAAUGGACCAUCAGCUAAUGAGUGUACUAGAUGUUAGUCUAUGACAUUAUUGCAAGAAAAUUAGUGUGUUGAUGAUUGUGAUGAAAAAAGAGGAUAUUAUUCUAAUUAAAAUGGCGUUUGCGUACAAAUUUGGUCUAAAACUUGUGGAGGAAAUUGCGACAUUUGUUUAAAAAAUAAUUAAAAUUUGUGUGUUACAUGCAAAUAAAGCUUUUUUUUAAAAGACGAUAAUAAGCAGUGUUUAAGUCAAUGUCCUAGUGGUUUUUUCAAAAACUACUUUACUUAUACAUGUGAUAAGCUUUCCUUAGGAUGUCUUUAAUAAAUACAUCCUAAUAUAUGUUCUUAAUGUGAUACUAAUAAUGGAUUUAGAUUAACUUAAGAUAAUAAAUGCACUUUGUGCUAGUAUCCUUGCUCCAAAUGUAAUCCUAAUAAUUCGGCUUAAUGUUUUGAAUGUGAAGGAAGUUAUUUACUAAGUUUUGACGGUAGUUGUGUGGAAGAUUGUCCUGAAGCUAGUUAUUAUUCUGAUAGAAGAAAAAGAUGCUUAAAAUGUUAUCAAGGAUGUUAAAAAUGUGAUUAUAAGGGUUGUAGUGCAUGUUAUGAUAAUUAAUAUCUUAAUUAUAAAACUAAAGAUUGUCUUAUAUGUGCUAAUGUAUAUCUUUAUUGUCAAUAAUGUGAUUAUUACUAAUGUAAUAAAUGUUAAGAUGGAUAUUAAUAUGAUUAAACUAAAAGAGAAUGUAUAAAUGUUUCUUCAGAGGAGGUAUCAACAGGUCAAAAUAUUGGAAUAAAAUGUCCUGAGGGAUGUAAAAAAUGUUCUUAAUCUAAAGAAUGCCUAUAAUGUAAAACUGGUUUUUACGAAGAUUAAAUAAGUAAAUUAUGUGUUAAAUGUAGAACUAAAUUUAAUAAUUGUAUUAAAUGUACUGAAACUAGUUGUAGUAGAUGCAAUUCUCGGUUUUAAUAUGAUUAGAUUUAAAAAUAAUGCAUAGAAAUCCCUAUUACAGAUGAAAAUACAGUAAUAGAAUGUCCUAAGGAAUGUAAGAAUUGUUCUUAAUCUGGAAUAAUGUUUAGAAUGUUAAGUCGGUUACUUUGA